AUGAAUUUCAGAGUGUCAAAAACCAGUGUUAGUUAUAUUGUUAUUGAAGUUUGUCAGGCAAUUUGGACUACACUACGUGACGUACAUAUGCGAAGACCAUCUAUUACAGAUUUUGAAAAUACUGCAGAUGCAUUUUACAAUAAGUGGAACUUUCCAAACUGUAUUGGUAGCAUUGAUGGAAAGCAUAUACGAGUAAAAUGUCCAAAAAACUCUGGCAGUAUGUAUUAUAACUACAAACAAUUUUUUUCAAUCGUUCUAUUGGCUAUUGUUGAUGCCAACUACCGAUUUAUGUUGAUUGACAUUGGAGCAUAUGGUAAGGAUAGUGAUGGUGGUGUUUUACAUAAUUCAAAAAUAUACCAUCGUAUUGAAAAAGGAACAUUAAAAGUGCCUAACACGAAAUUACUUCCGAAUACAACAAAUAUGGCACCGUUUGUAUUUAUAGGUGAUGAAGCUUUUCCUUUGCGAGAACAUUUGUUAAGACCAUUUCCGAAAAAACAAUUAGGUGACGAGGACAAAUCGUUAAUCCCCCUCAAUCGGUCUAUAUUUUGA